CGCGUAAAUAAGUUAAAACAUACAAAGUAAAUUGUAUUUAAAAACGCAAUUGUUUUGGAUGUACAAUAAUACCAGACAUAUGAACAACGAUUUUUUUUUUUCAUAUAUUUUCAUUAUAUUUGUGGAACAUGUGUUAAGAAAGGUGGCCUAAACGAAAAAAAGGGUUUUGUGUAAAUUGUUUCUGGCAACGUCCUUCAAGCCACACUUACGGAUUACUUUUUGCCACAAGAUGAAGUGUUCUCAUGCACAUACACAUUUAUGUACAUGCAAAUACAUACAUAUGUAUACUUGAAAGUCCUUCAGCAUGUGUAUAUGAUUUUGCAAUAGCUGCGAGCUGUGAGCUGCGAUGAGGGUAUCGAUUCAAUCCAGGAAUUUGUCUCGCCUAAUGAUAUGCUCGGAACAUUGUCGGCAGUAUCGUGAAUCAAAAUAAAAAAAAACGUUUCACCACAAGUCUUCAAGAAUUAAUUAAGUAAACAUUAAGCUUAGAAAUAAAUCAGAUCAGUGGAAAACCACCCGCCUAAACUAAAGUUCUAAAGCUCAAUUCCACCUGAUUACAGGCAGAACGCACAAAUAUACGCCGGUCAAUCAUGUGAAGUCAUUUUCUAACAAUAGAGUACAGUCGAUUUCACAAUAGCCGAUGACAAUAUGGAGGCAAACCAAUAUUAUUGCCGAAAUGAAAUGCAGCAGAAUUCGUCUCCAUCAAUUUCUCAGCCGCCGCUAAGCAAAAUGAAUUAUGUAAACAAUGGUGGUCAGGAAUAUGUGGCAUGUAGCUCAAAUCAUUCAGAAUCGGGCUACAACUCGAGCGAUAUGCCUCCUCGAAAUGGGAAUAAUAAAGCUGUUAUUGGAAAUCGGAGCAUGGGAAACCCUUACGCAUUUCCCAGUUGCAAUAACAGCAGUCACUGCACAAAUAACACAAAUAAUACCGGCAAUUACAUUAAUAUAAUGUCAGUUCCAUUGAGCACGCUACAAUAUAAUCGCAAGAAGUCAACAUCGCAGGACUACCAAUCACGUUUAUAUUACAAUACCACGGAUGUGAAGUGUCGCGACGAUUACUAUUUAGGAAACAAUGUUAAGCGCAGCAACGAAACUACUGCACAAAUACAGCAUCAUCAAAUACAACAACAUCAAACAUCACAAAAUCACCACCACGUGCAACACCAACUGCAACACAUUAAUCAAAAUGCUCACAGCCAACGGAUGCAAAAUCAAAAUCAACAAAAGACCGCAUGCAGCCCCAACUCGGCCUUGGAUACCAUUGAUGUUGACUGCACAAUGUAUUCAAAUGCUGCAAAUGCUGGAAGUGGUGGACGCGUUGGGGCCGCAACUCAAACGCAUUUAAGCAAUGCCAAUGUGGCAUCAUGUGACCAAUUGGGGUCACACCAAACACCAGUCUCUCUGGUGCCAGUCAAUGUGCCUGUUCCCCCUGUGAUGUAUACAGUGCAUCGUGUAGUGACCACAGCUCAGAUCCAGACAGCUGUCGGAAGCACAUUUGCAUCGUCAGCGAGCGUUUCGAGCGUUGUUAGUGCCGGUCGCAAUGAGAACGAUUGCAUAUCGUCGGCCCAGGUGACUUCAGCGAUGUCCAUUUCAGCCAAGGAUCCUUGUCUUCAUCUGUCUGAGCUCAGCGGCAAUAUCAUUAAUACCGGCAACUCACUUGGCCCUCUCACUGGAGUUCGAAGUGCAUCUGGUAUUCUUCAAAAUUUGUUACCAGUUCAACAAAAAUGCAACAGCAGCAGUGAGGCUCAACAGAAUCCAGUGGUAACAAAACGAAUUGUUGCAGGCAACUCCUCUUCCACUUACACAAGCGCCGGAAAACCCAAUUCGAUUGUAACCCGUACUCUACAAAAUGUCAUACCAACUUGUGUGUACUUAAUGUCAAGAGUUGCCGUGCACAUGGAGAUCGAGGGCACAGUUCAGUGUCCUUCCCAAGUGAUGCUUGCAGCUGCACUGGGAUGCGAAGAAUUGGGAAUUUCUAACAAAUUGCUGGCGCAAAGCAUUUUUGGAUUAUGGAUGACCAGCAGUUUGCUAGAAAUGCAGCUGAAAGCUCACCAUUGUCCAUACAUUGUCAGAGUAGCCUGGCCGAAUCUGCUUGAAAAGUUUAGCAGCGGAACGCCAAUUGAAAGAAAAUAUGAUGAGCCCAUGAUUGUCCUCAAGCGAAAUGUUUUCUUUUCCAAGCGCGAUGAAGAAAAAAUCAAGGACCAUCGAAUUGUGGAGCUACUGUAUGAGGAGGCAAAGCAUUACGUAUUAACAGGAAGAUAUAUUAUGGAGCCGGUUCAUUCGCUCAUGCUUGGUGGUAUUCAAGCUAGAAUUGAACUGGGUCCGUACAAUUCUCACACGCACACAGUCGGAUUUUUCAGGGAAAACCAGUCAAGAUUCUUACCGAAACAUGUUGCCAAGAGUUCAAAUUGGUUGUGGUUGCCAAUUAGUAAAAAGAACUCUGCAGAAAUAAAACUAUUAGAACAAUUCAAGCGAGUGCCGCAAACAGCCACAACUCGGAAAUUAAUGCGCAAAUAUUUGGAGUUUUGCUGGGCACUACCAUUUUAUGGCGCUGCAUUUUUUCACGGACAAAUGGAGCAACCCGUCAGAGGCAUUAUGUCUUUAGUCAACCAUAAGGAUAUGGAAGUCUUACUUGCUGUAAACGAGAGAGGAAUUUUUAUAAUAGACUGCGUGGAAAACACUCUAUUAUUGGGGCUCCGAUAUGAAGAUAUGUCAUGGGACUAUGCUAAGCCAAGUGAUAGUGAGGAUUCAGAAUGUCUUACAUGCAUAUUCCUGCAGUUUGAUGCUGUAGAAAAUGGAAUACAAAUAUCGAAACUAGUACAAGUGUUUUCUAAGCAAGCUGCAAUGAUUGAUGCACUCAUUUCGCACUUUACAGAGCAAAUGAGAAAAAAGAGACAAGAGGGAAACUCUGCCGAACAAUUUCACGAUGAGCCGAAUCCGAUUCAAAAUAAUGGGAACGGAAUAUUGUGUAAUAAGCUGUCUCGAUUGACUUUAGCCAGCUUCGAUGAAGAAGGCCGCUGUAUCGGACAAAUGGGAUCAUUAUCUAUAAGCUAUUAACAUUUGUUGAUAUACAUAUAAAUUAAUUUGUUACAAUUAAGCAGAGUAAAAGGUCUACAUACAUAUGAAUGUAUAACAUUUGAAAUAUUAACGGCGAUCCGGUCACAUGAUUAACUAAGUUUUUGGAUGAAAAUUCACAAAAUAUUAGUCAACUAAAAUGUGUUCGGGUCUAAUUUUUAUUGCUGUAAAUACUUUAAAAUUCAUUCGGAAAGUUACGCCAAUUUACUGAAUUGAAAACUUUCCGAUCAUUCUUAGCCAUAAACCAUGAUUAUGCAAACAAAAAAUUAGUCUUCUAUGAAUUUUCACAGAGAUGUGGGAAAAUGAUUUAAUAGAUUAACGGAUAAAAUAUUAAAUUUUUUCAUACAA